UGCAUGAAAGGAAAUUGUUGAGCUGAAUAUAUGAAUUAAUUUGCCUACUGGAAUGAUGAAAAACAAUCUAAUUCUAAUGGAAUCUAUGCUGAAAUUCGAAAUCUGAAAGCAGUUUGCAGAGAAACUAAAAGUAUGAAAAUUUGCAGAUGUUUGAAUAGAGCUGACCAUCUGUUCUUCCUUCCAAAAUUUCCUUUUUGUUCCCCUUGUGUUGACAGUAAAUUCCACUUUAUGCAGUUACUCAAUCAUGAGUUGUUUCUUGAAGUAAUAGACACCUCACCUUUUGACUUGGUCUAAUCUCCUUGCAGAUUUCGCCACAUGUACUCUUAUCAGAUAAAACCCACUUUUUAAUUGCAAUCUUCUCCUAUUUUCCAGCUCCCAUUAUCCCUUUCUGUGUCAAGAAGAUAAUUACUCCAUAAAAAAUUAUCUUUACCUCUCUUAUUUUGCCAACACAAGUGUUGAUCUGUCAUGGAGCCCAGAAUCCUAAUUUGACAUGGCUCAAACUCUUCCAACCAAUAAAAAAAAUUUUACACAUGACAUUAAUUUAAAAUUUUGCAAUAUAUGGUGUAAACAUGUUCACACUUCUUUUCAACUUCAAGUAUGUUAGUUUAAUUACUGUUCACGUUAAUUUUAAUGUUAAUUAAGGUAAAGUCUUUAAUUCUGCAAUAUUUUAAUUUCUAGAUCGACCAAUAAAAAGUAUUUUAAUUU